AUGAGUGCCACAAAUAUCGAGGAGCUCUACGACGACUGCCUCUACCAUAUAAUGGAUUAUUUGUCUACUGAAGAUCGAAUAAGUUUCGCCCAAGUGUGCCGGAGAUUUCGACAGGUUUUCACCAAUGGAAACAAUAGUAAAUACUCCGAUUUCACAAUCGAUUUAAACAGUACGAGGAAAGAGCUAAUACAAUUCUGCAUAUGCCGGGAAGAAGUUAAAUCGUUAACAAUCGAUUUAGAUCACUUUGAGUUACCAAAACAUUUUAGAAAAUAUGGAUGUGUGUCUCCAGUAAAAUGUUUUGAAAUUCUUUGUCUCAAUUUAUCUGGAAUGAAUAAUUUAAUGCACUUGAUUGUUAAACAAAAGUAUAAGCUCACCAUGCUUGCUGACAAGCCCUUCGAUCAAAUUCUGUCAGCAGUAAGACACUUGCCGAAGCUGAAAAAGUUGAAAAUUCAGGCUAGAGAUGAUUGCAGGGUUGAUUGCCUGUCUCAGCUUCAUCACAUUGAAGAUUUGGAAAUCCUCAUACCGAAAAUUCCAAAUGCAACUCUGGUGAAAUGCUGCAAAUCCAAUGCAAAUCUUCUCAGUCUUCAGCUUGGUUAUUCCUGCGUUCAGAAGGAUGUGAGAAACAUAGUGCCCCAUUGCAAGAACCUGGAAGUACUCAAGUUUGGAAUGCCUGGAAAAUCCUCAGACUAUGUUGCAGUGGCUAGGCUUCCGAAACUCAGGAAGCUAACAUACUAUGGGAUUCGAGGGAUCGGGUCUUUUGAGGCACUUCUUUCGGUAUUGGCAAUCAAAAAUCAGUUAACACACCUGGCAAUCGACUGUGGAAGCCUGGUUAUGCAAGAGAUCAGGCAGUUGAUUCGCAUCCAAAACUUAAGAUAUUUAAAAUGCUUUAGCUCAACAAUUGAAUGUGUGGAGAUGCUGGCCUGCCUCUCGAAUCUGGAAGAGCUCUGGCUUUCGAUGUCCUCUCCAUUGGAUAUAUCCAACGCCCUUCUGUUAGUCAUUGCAAACUGUAAAAACUUGAAAAGUCUUCGAGUUUCUGGUGGUAUUGUAAAUGCGAAAAUUAUAAGCGAUGCCACUAGAGAGAUUAAUUUUGGGAAAAGCGGAGAAUCUGCAGACUCACUCUUGAAACUAAUCUUGGAUGAAUAUACCAAAAAAUAA